AUGGGCGGCAAAGCCAGCCAGCCUGAGCCACCUAAGCCUGCUCCCAACUUGCAGGAUGCCGCGAGCAACUUAGACCAGAAAAUCGAAGAGCUCGGAGCAAAGAUUCAAAAGGCCGAUGAGGAGGCGAGGCAGUGGGUGGCAAAGCAAAGCACAGAUGCAACUGCCAAAGCUCGCGCCAUGCAAGCCUUGAAGCGCAAGAAGCUGUACGAGCAGCAACGUGAUCAGUUGGUGGACACCCAGUUCAAUGUGGAAAACCUUGCGUUCCAGCAAGAGCAGGCCGAGAUCACUGCGGGGACUGUCGCUGCCAUGAAGAAGGCGACCGAUCAGCUCAAGAACCAGACGCAGAAGAUCGGAGUUGAUCAAGUUGACAAGCUGACCGAUGAGAUGGCAGACAUCGCUGCGGAAAUGAAGGACAUCCAGUCGGCUCUUGCUGCACCCUCAGCAGUCGGCUCUGCGGCAGAGGAUGAGGCUGAGAAGGAGUUGAUGGCAUUGUAUGCCCAGCAGGAAGACAAAGAAGCAGAGGAGGCAAUGUCCAUCCUCGCUGCCGGAGGUGGUGGGUAUGCGAGCACCACUCCGGACGCGAUCUUCGACAUGAUGAACAGCAGCUCUGCCAGUGGAUGCUUGAAAAUUGCGUGUGGACAUUACUCUGACGGGCUAAUGCCUUGUGGGCUGGAUGCCCUCGACGUGGUCAGCCUCUUUGACCACCCAAAUCUAGGGGGAGCUGGCUUACAUGUGCGUGAGGUACGCACUCUUCGGCAGGCCACCAGCGAUAUUGGUCUUAUCGUCUCCUGUGGUAGCCCGGUGGUCCUCACGGAACCAGUCGACCUACGUGAGCAUGUCGCCAAAACGACAGCAGCAAUGUUGCAGUUUCCGAAUGCGCCCGUUGUUGGCAUUUGCUACGGAAUGCAGCUCCUAACGCUACUCUAUGGUGGAAAGCUUGCAGAGCCCCUUCCUUACGUGGACGGAGUUGAGACGUUCGCCGGUGAAGUCUCGGCUGUCCUGCUGCCCUUUUUUAUGCUGGCGAUCUGUGAAGACUGGCGGCAGUUCACCAGUAAACAGCUGACGUCUGCCUUGCUGGCACUGGGCAGGCAACAGGAUUGGCAGGCUGCGCUGAGACUUCUGCAUGACGUGCAAGGGUCCGACAGCUGUCAUGCAGAGACGAACAUCUUCAGUUAUGGUGCAGCGAUCGCAGCUUGUGAAAGGAGUGCCCAGUGGGCAUGGGCGCUGCAGCUUCUGGACGACUUGAUCACCAACGGUUUCGAGCCGAAUGUCAUUGUCUGGAGCUCUGCAUGCAGCGCCUGCGACAAGGCAGAGCACUGGCUGGAGUCGCUCCGUCUUUUGAAGCAAAUGCCUGGCAAGAAGUUGCAGCCGAAUGUGAUCUCCUACGGGGCUGCGCUGAGCGCGUGUGCACGUGUGGCAAAGUGGCAGCAUGCCAUCGCGCUCUUGGAAGAUGUGUCGGCUGAGGACAUUGACAUGAACAUCGUGCUUUGGAAUUCUGCUAUAACGGCCUGUGCCAGGGCUGGCGAAUGGCCUUUGGCAUUGCGCCUGUUGGAGCUACUUCAGCAGGAAGGCCUGCAGCCUGACGUGCUCAGCUUUAAUGCCUGCAUCACCGCGGCUGGGGCUGGUAGCCGCUGGCAGCUUGCGCUUUCGCUCUUUGACUUGGCGGAGUCGGUUGGCCGAAGCGUUGUGACCUACAACGCUGUGCUGGCGGCCUUCGAGGCAGCUGGUGAAUGGUUGCCGGCUCUGAGCCUGCUGCGUCAGCUGCGGAGCAGCGAGGCCCUCAGUGUGGACAAUAUCUCCUUUGCAUCUGCAAUUUCCGCAUGCCAGAAAGCUUCGCGCUGGGAGAGAUCCCUCCAACUACUCUGGCAAACGGAGGCUAGCGGACUCAGCCCGGACAUCGUGUGUUUCAACGCUGCCAUCAGCGCCUGCGACCGCUGCUUCGAAUGGCAGCGAAGCCUCUGGCUCCUGCGUGAGCUUUGUCGGCGCCGGCUUCGCCCGGACGCCGUCACAUUCGCUUGCGUGGUCUCUGCUUGUGCAAAGACUGGGCGCUGGAGUCAGGCCCUCUCAUUGCUGAGACUUGCGAGGACCCGCGCCGUGGAGGUUGGUUCCUUCGCCGCCAGUUCCCUGCUCCGCUCGUCGAGUGUUGCGGAGCCCAUGGAAGGCUGCACCGGUGCCUGGCAAAGCUCGAUUGAUGCCGUCAAAAGCCUUCGGUGCUCCAACCUAAAGUUGGACAUUGUCGGCGGCAAUGCGAUGCUGGUCACGGCUUCAACCGCACAGCGCUGGGGCUGGAUCCAAGCUCUAUCCAUGCUAGCCGAGAUGGCUUUCUGCAGUUUGGCUCUGUCGGAGGUUCGAUAUCUGCACAUUUUAGCAUUGUUUUGCCUGUUUGUUAUCAGAACAGACACCCUGGCUACUUCCAGGUGA